AUGAAGCUGUCGGCGGUGGAAGAAGCGGUGUCAUGGAUUGGGGAGUUGACAGGUGUCUGGCUGGACUCCGAUGGGUUCGACUUCUGCGAGCAACUCUGCGACGGCGAUCUUCUCGUCAAAGUGGCGCGCAGCGCCGCCCCCUCCGCGCUCGACCGCAUCCACAUCUCCCCGCGCGUGCUCGCCACGCAAACCGAAAGCGCGGCGGUCCGCGACAUCCGUUCUUCCGGAACCCCCCUGAAACGGGAUGGCAGUUUCCCCCGGGAGGACCGCUUGGGAUGGGUCGAGCGCACGCGGUACCAGGCAAAAUUCAACGCGAUGGAGAGCAUCACCACGUUUCUCGCCGUGUGCCGCGCCGCCGGGUGCAAGAAAGAGGACCUGUUCUCCGCCGCGGACCUGACGGAGCACCGCGAUGCGGAGCGCGUCGCGCGGGGGCUGCUCGCGCUGCGCGUGGCGACCGCGAGCCGGGGGGCGUCGCUCGAAGGGGACGAAAAGGGCGAGGGGGACGACCCCCUGGUGCAGACGCUCCGCAGGAUCGAGCUGACGUCAUCCCCGCCGUCGCCGCUGGGUGGGAAGCAUUCGAAGACGGGUUUUGGGCGCGAGCGGCGGAGCACGGGGGAGGGCUCGUCACAGAGUUUGGACGAGGCCGCGAAUCUGGAUGACGAGUACGACGCGGCGGUGUGGCCCGAGUCUCCGGUCGGACGGGAAGAGCGCCCGGCGUUUGGCGGGGGCCCGCGGUCCCCGUCGACCGGCAGGACGAAGCGGAGCGACUCAGUGACGAGCACGUCGUCCGCGGUGAGCGCGUACGGCAGCAGCCUGACGGCGCUCGGUGUGAAAAGCCCCGAGGAGUUCGACACGAUCCGGAAGUUCGCGCGGCGGCUCGCGUCAAAGGACCGGGUCGUGAAGGAGCUCACGGGCGCGAUCCAGGCGGCGAACGACCGCGAGGAGCGCAUGCGCGCGCGGCUCGCCGAGCUGGAGACGCUGAUGGGGAAGGGCGGUAACGGUGCCGGCGGCGGUACCGGUGACGGCCCGCUGAGCCGGACAUCGUCGGCGGGGACCGUGACGGCGGACCAGUUGGACGCGCUGGUGGGCGACGUGCGGCGGCAACUAGAGGAGGCGAAAAACGAGUUGAGCGAGACGAAGCGCGCGUACGGCGAGGCCGUCGCGGAGUGCGAGGAGUCGCGGCGGCAGUGCGCGGAGUUCCGGACGGACCUCGAGAUCGCGCAGCGCGAGGUGUCGGAGGUGCGCGAGGAGCUGGCGGGGCAGGGCGGGACGCGCGACGCCGAGCUCUCGCGCGUUUUGCGGGAACUAGAGGAGCGGAAGAAGCAGCUGGAGGACGCGCGCGCGGCGAACCAGCGGCUGGAGAAGGAGCGUGCGCGCGCAGAGAAGGGCGUGAAGAAGAAGGAGAAGCAGCUGCGCGCGCUGCUGCUCGUGGCCCAGGGUUUGCGCGAGGGUUUGGCGCGGGUUAAGCGCGAGUUCGAGGCGUUCAGGGCGCCGCUUUUGGGCGAUAUGCAGCGCGUGUUGGAGUUGGGCGACUCGUUGCGCGAGGUCGGCGAAAAAUAUGACACGGUGCGGAAGGAGAACAAACGGUUGCACAACGAGAUCAUCGACCUCAAAGGCAACAUCCGCGUCUUCUGUCGCGUGCGGCCCCUGUCUCACAAGGAGCUGCGCGACGGCGCCUUCGCGGCCGCCACGUGCCCCGGGGAUGACGUCAUCCUGGUGAAGCAGCAGCAGGGGGUCAAGGCGCCCAGCUACAAGUUCAGCUUCGACAAAGUGUACGGCGGGAACGCGACGCAAGAGGAGGUGUUCAGCGAGGUUGAGGGGAUCAUCCGGUCAGUCAUCGACGGCUACAACGUGUGCAUCUUCGCAUACGGCCAGACCGGCUCUGGCAAGACGCACACCAUGUCCGGGCCAAGCGGGCAGCUCGACAGCAAGUCGGUCGGUGUCAACUACCGGGCACUUGAUCUACUCUUCGGGCUGCGGAGCGAUCGGUCGGCGGAGUGGGACUUCGACAUCGGGGUAGAGAUGGUCGAGAUCUACAACGAGACAAUCCGUGACCUGCUCAUGAAUGUAACCUCAACGAACGGGAGGGACUCCCGGGACCGGAAGAAGCUCCAGAUGCGCAUGAAAGAGGACGGCAACCGGUCGGCAGACGCGUCCCGGGUCGCGGUGUUCACACCCGAGGACGUGUUGGCGGUGAUGGAUAGCGGAGGCCGGAACCGCGCCACCGGAUCGACGAGCAUGAACGAGCGGAGCAGCAGGUCGCACUGCAUCGUGACGGUCCGCGUCGACGGGUUGCACAAGGUGACGGGAGAACACGUCAGCAGCAGCCUGCACCUGGUGGACCUGGCGGGCAGCGAGCGCAUCUCCAAGAGCGAGGCCACGGGGGACCGUCUGAAGGAGGCGCAGCACAUCAACAAGUCGCUGAGCGCGCUGGGUGACGUCAUCGCGGCUCUGGUGGAGAAGCGGCCGCACAUCCCGUACCGCAACAGCAAGCUCACGCAGAUCCUGCAGACCGCGCUGGGCGGCCAGUCCAAGGCGCUGAUGUUUGCCCACGUCAGCCCCGAGUCGGGCUCCGUCAGCGAGACCGUCAGCACGCUCAACUUUGCGCAGCGCGUGAAGCAGGUCGAGCUGGGGAAGGCGAACCAGAACAAGGGCAGCCUCGCGGAAAUGAAGGAACUGAUGAUGGAGAAAGAGCGCGAGCUCCAGGAGAUGGACGCGCGCGUACGGCAGGCCGACGCGGCCGCGGCGGAGGAAGCGCGCGUCGCGGUCCAGGCGGAGCUCGCGGCCGCGACGGACGAGGCGGUCGCGCUCCGGCGCGCAGUCCAGGCGCUCGAGCAAGAAAACAGGGCCCUCAAACUCAGGGCUGAACAGGCCCAAAAGCAAGGGCCCCGUGAAUUGGAUCUCGAGCCGAAGCGCGCGGCCGCGCGGCCGCCGAAACUCCAGAUUCCGCCGGCAGAGAUUACCGUGGGCGACGGAGAACGGACUCCGACGGAGAACGGAAGGGUAGGGAGCCCGCGCGCGGAAGCGCGGCCGCGGCGACGGAGCCGGGACGUCAAGCUCGCGAAGAGCGCGCCGAAUUUGGAAGUCCGGCGGAAGAGCAACGGGCGGAGCUCGGACGGAGAGACGGAAUCGAGCUCCGAUACGGGUUCCGUUCCGGUGUCGCCGAGCCGGAAGCGCGGCGAGGGCUCGUCGAUUCCGCUCCCAGUGGGUGUCGGUGUCGCGCGCGGAACCCCGAGCGGAUCGUUGAGCGCGCGCGAGCGGGUGGCGAGCGCGCAGCCUUCCGCCCCCCAGCACAACGGGAGCGGAAUCCGGCGGAGCUCCGGGGCCGGCAGCCAGGACGAGAGCACGAGCGACGAGGAAAUGAGCGCGCGCAUCUUCGCGGCCGCGGCUCCUCUCGGUCGGAACGGGUCGCUGGGACAAGCAGUCCCGGGCAGUCCUACCGGGCACAAACCGAGGCCGGUUACGGCCGGUGCGAAACCCGGGUCAGCGCCUGGGUUAAGGCGGAGGAGCUCAGACGGGCCGGAAGGGAUCAUCAGAGCGGACCCCGCGGUUUCGGCGCAGAAGCGGCCAGUGACUGCGGCUCCUUCGGGCAAGGUCGCGAGGCCCACUCCUGUGGCUGGGGCGCCUGUCGCUGUUAGAAAGUCCGUCGAAGGUGCCGGGACUGCAAGCAGCAAACCCAAGGCUUCGACGCGAAGCGCCGCGUCGUCCAAUGCGAUUGCCCUGACCACCGCCCAGGCGAAGCCAAAAAGCGCCGCCGCUCCAGGAAAAAUCUGGGCGUAG